AUGGAGUCAGCUGUGGCUGAAGGAAAAACUUUCCACCGAACUUGUUUUAAAUGCACAGCGUGUAAAAAGACUUUGGCCAUAAAUAACUAUGUUUCAUACAAGGGUAGCUUUUACUGCUCGAACCAUAUACCCCGGGACACGAGUAUAGCAGAUACGCAUAAAACCUUGGAUAUUGAAACAAGGCCAUUUUCGGAAAAGUUCGAGGCAGGCAAUAAUUCAUAUACGUCUCCCAUCACUGUAACCAAAGAGGAGCGAUCAGGAAAUAUUACAAAAGCUUUUGCGAAAAUCAAAAAGUCGAUUUCAAGAACGCUUUAUCAGUCUGAUAGCCAAGAUGUCGCAGGCUGUAGUGGAGAUCAACUCCCCACAGACUGUGAUGAUCAUGGAUCUACACCCAUACUAAUGGACAAAAGCGCCGUAGUAUUGACUCCACUAUCAACCUUUGUAGAUGAAUCUAUAUCACCAGAAGAGCUUGCCAAUAGAGUAUUACAUGCAGGAAAGCCAGAUAUGUUAAAGUUCAAACAGGAUUCCAAUAGAGUACCAAAUCAGAGCAGUGAUGGAUUUAUAAGCUCACUUGAAAGCAAGUCUAAUUCAGGCACAGACAAUAAUUUAUCUGAAAAAUCUACCACGACAAUGACUCCCAUCAAGCCAUCCUGUGAUAUAGGAAUGGUAAAGUCAAGAUCUCGCCCUGCCAUGUCUAAAUCAACUUCUCAAAAUCGAUUGUCUGCCAUCUUUAAAUCUAAAAAAAGUAUUGGCCCAAGUCCAGAAACAGUAUCUGACAAAGACAUAACUGACCUAGAUUAUAACAAGAGCACAGCUGUCACGCAAGAUUAUCCAAGUAGUAACCUUGAACCAAAUUUUGCUCAAUCCAAUAUUUCAAAUACAGAGCUAGAAGGAAGUGUACUUACUCGAAAACGAGCAAGCACACUUGGAUCAAUUUCCAGACUAUUUAAUGGGUUUCAAUCGCACCCUGACGUAAAGCCAGCAACUACCGAUGUAAAAAGUCAUGACACCCCUGAACUUAAGAUUCAAACAAAUCCUGACAGUGUACGACAGCCGUCAAACACACCUAUAUCGCAUGCUUUGGGAAAUCAUUCUAUCCCGCCUGCUUCAGCCGAACUACGAGAAAAUCAUUUGGGAAAUUUCCGCUGGGGGAGCAGGUCUACUAUGCUUCCCUGGAAGGUAUCAGACACGCUGGUUGCUUUCGAGACAAAAGCUAAAGAGGCUAGUGAUCGCGAUAACAUGAGAAGAGGUCCUAGGAGCCCUAUCGCAUAUAGUCCUUCAGAUCUUAACUGUUCAAGAGGAAGAAAUUUUGCCACUGGUACACAUGCGUUGCACUCGGAGCAACUUGGCAUAAAUAAUUUAGUUACAUCUCCCUUGUUGGAUAAUUCAUACAAUGGGUUUACAAAAUCAAUUCAAAACGCUAUAGGAAUCAGUCUGGAUGAUACAGCUGCAGCACCAAAAAAGGGAUUAAACCAUGAAGUAGAAUCUUCUGAAACAACUCGAAAAUUGGCGGAUCUUCAAUUUAAAAUAAAAUCAAGUGCUCGCGAGCUACUGCAUUACUAUGAAAAGUUACAAAACACUCCUAUAGAAAACCGAAAAGUCAUAAUCUCAACUUUUUCAACCCACUUCAAGACGUCACGAGAAAGCUUACGAGAACUGAUUGAAUUGACAAAUUCGGUGGUGACUGUGGUAGAUCUACGUCGCAAUGGAAUUGAACUGUUGAAGUUUGAAAAAGAAUGGACAAGCGAAUCUACGUUUGGGAGUUCAAAAGGGCUAGACGAAUUUCGUCAUCUACUCAGCAAUAUCAAUACCAAUGUUGAGUUUGUAAUGCGUAGAUAUCCGCAAAAUGAGAAAAAGCUUAUGGUGAAACCUACCACCGGGUUUCGAGAAGAGGGUACAUACGAUGAUUCCAUUAAACAAGAGGAAAAAUCACCCAUAUUUAAAAACUUAUACCAGGAUUAUAUUCUUGAACAUGUUGCAGAUGCGCAAUACUAUCGUCGAUAUUUUAUGAACAAAAAAAAACUUGGUUCUGUAAUUAUUUCUCUGCGAAAAGAAGACUACGUCGAAAAACCAGCUCAGCUUGGAGAUUCAAAAGACCAAAUCACAGAGGGAAGCUAUCGUGCCAUUCUUCGAAUUAAGGAUCAACCCGAAAAACGGGAAUUGAUUCAGCUUGCACAAAUCAAAAAACCUUUGCUUGGAAAAGUAUCCACUAGGUCAGUUUUGCAGCUACUUCACAAAGACAUAAAUCCAACCAAACUCAAAACCGUAGAAGACAAAGCCAUUGAAAAAAAAAUUCUUUCAUUAGACGAAUUAAGGUACUGUUCAAGAUAUAAAUUUGGCGUAUUGCUGGUCAAGCCGGGGCAGAAAACCGAUAAUGAGUUUCUGCAAAAUGUGGAGGGGAGCAAAGGAUACAAUAAAUUUCUUGAUAUUAUGGGAGAUAGAGUGGAGCUGAAAGGUUACAAAGGUUAUGCUGGCGGUCUGGAUGUAUCAAACGAUCGUACAGGGCUUUAUUCAAUAGGCACCACAUGGCGCUCUUUUGAAAUCAUGUUUCAUGUAGCCACACUUUUGCCAUUUGUUCCUGAUGAUGAUCAGCAAAUUGAACGCAAGCGACAUAUCGGAAAUGAUAUCAUCAACAUUAUGUAUCUUGAAGAUGAUGCUCAGUUUGAUCCACGCGCUAUUCGUAGCCAGUUUACGCAUAUUUUUGUUGUAAUUAAGCAAGAAAAAAACCUCCCGGCUCUGAACAAAUCCUCAGACCUUGAAAAUAAUGAUACUGGAUACCGAGUUUCAAUUACAUCAAAUGCUGAUGUUUUACGAUUUGGCCCUUCACUUCCAGAGCCUUCUGUGUUUGUGGAUAUGAAUGAAAUGCGCGAAUUUUUGUUUUGUAAACUUAUUAAUGGAGAAAACUCUGCUUACAAGGCACCAAAGUUUGCUAAGCCACAUCAACGAACCUAUCGCACACUAUUUGAUGACAUAAUUGAAGAGUUUUAUGGAAGUGUCAGUCGUAGGUCAUCACGAAAUGGAUCUUUUGCGGGACCUUCUCACGAAAAAUUUAAAUCCAAAGAUCAUGACAGCGGUUCAUCGGCUGCCUGUGGAUCUCCUUCUACUUUAGCAUCCUAUACCAAUCACGGAAUCUCACAAGCAGGAACACACAUUGGAAAAUUAUUGCGUCAUACAUCAGCCAAUAAUCUUCGCAUUCAAACACCGCAUUUAUCGGCCUCAACAAAUGAUGUGACCAUAAAAGGUGCCAUAAACAGUUCAAAUGAUGCCAACAGCUCAACAUCAAAUAUAAAGAUGCAAGCAGAAAAAUGUGUAGUUUUAGCAUCACCCGACAGUAACCAAUUGGCUGUGACUAAUCAAAGCCCUUCAAGCCCAAUGCAAAAUAGUAAUACCGUUGGUAGCUCAUCUGCACAUAAUGAAAUUGAUUUUCCCGACUUUGAAAGUAGCAUUGGAGCCGCGUCAAAACUAAUUAUCACCUUGGACAGUCAAAACGAAUUUGAGCAACAACAAUCUAAAGCAUGUUUAUUUAAAACAGAUACUCUCUGGCAGUCGGACAAUACUGGUCCAGAUGCAACUGCAACAACGCUGGCACUGCAUGAUGAUGCGUUGAGUCAGGCCGUAUAUGGAUCAAGUGGAUACCAUACUUCCGAAGAACAUCUAUCAUUUAACAAUAAUCCAGCGAUACCAACAAAUGGUGCAACUGCUAUGGAAUCUUAA